UUCUGUCCUUCCUCCCAACCAAACGCAACCGAGAGAGUGAGAGAGGGAGAGGGAGGGAGAUGGGGAAUAGUUUGGGAGGAAGGAAGAAAAUGGCGAAGGUGAUGAAGGUGGACGGCAGCACCUUCAAGGUGAAGCCUCCGGCGCAGGCCGCCGGCGUGCUCAGGGACUACCCCGCCCACGCCUUGCUGGACGCCCAAAAAGUCCACCGCCUCGGCCUCCGCGCUCGCCCUCUAGACCCCGACGCCCCGCUCAAGCCCGGUAGGCUCUACUUCCUAGUCGAGCUCCGCCCCCCGCGCCACCGGGUCGGCUCGGGAGGCAGCCGCAGGGCCUGGUCAGGGGAGCUCGGCCAGUCGGGCGCCAGGGAGCGUCUCGAGAGCCUCCGCCUCUCCCGGCGGUCCGCGUCCGACGUGUCGAGCCGCUCCGGAAUCGCCUGCGCGCCCGCCACGGUGACGGGGGCCAAGGACGACGGCACUUUGCGGAUCAAGAUGAGGCUGCCCAAGGCGCAGGUAGAGAAGCUCAUGGAGGAGACUGCCGGCGACGCCGUGGAGGUGGCGCAAAGGAUCAUGCAGCUUUGCGCGGUGGAAGACAAGGACGGCGCCACUAGCCGUCCUACUCUUUUGUCGGCGCCGCCGCCUGCGGCGCCGUCUUCUCUGUCGGCCAGUCGGAAGGAGAAAAGAACAAGAUUUCUUGCAACGCCACAGGAAAUCAUGGUGUGAUUCGUCUUCCAAGCUCCUGCAAAAUUUGAAAGUAGACGUAUUCAUAUAUGUAUUACGGGGGUGAUCUGAAAUAUAGUUUAGUAGGGCCCUGUGAUUUUAGCACAAGUUCAAAAAAAAAAACAAAAAAAAAGACGUGUCAGCAUUUAUGUUCUUUUCAGUAGAUAUAGAUUAAUAGUUGUUAGUUGUAAUUAGCUAAUUAUUAUGAGAAAUGGCACUCCCUUGAUUAUGUUUGUAAUUAUAUAAUUUUGUAUUUUUUUUUUCCUUCUCAUGUUUUGUUUUAGUGCGUGGAGCACUUCAGUCCUGUUGUUUCUUGAGGUGUGUUAUGAGUGAAUGGAACGCUACAACACUGUAAUUAAUUAGAUUAUGCUUAAGAAAUAGAUCUCUUAAUUUUAUUUUUA